UGCAGCCAGGCGGCCCCCGCGCGGCACGGCCCUGGACCGGCGCGGCGCCCGGGGAUGGUGAGCAAGGCGCUCCUGCGCCUCGUGUCAGCCGUCAACCGUAGGAGGAUGAAGCUGCUGCUGGGCAUCGCCUUGCUCGCCUACGUCGCCUCUGUUUGGGGCAACUUCGUUAAUAUGAGCUUUCUACUCAACAGGUCUAUCCAGGAAACCAGUGAACUAAAAAUUGAAAGCAAGAUUGAAGAGAUUGUUGAACCACUAAGAGAGAAGAUCAGAGAUUUGGAGAAGAGCUUCACCCAGAAAUACCCACCAGUAAAGUUUUUAUCAGAAAAGGAUCGCAAAAGAAUUUUGAUAACUGGAGGCGCGGGGUUCGUGGGCUCCCAUCUCACUGACAAGCUCAUGAUGGACGGCCACGAGGUGACCGUGGUGGACAACUUCUUCACGGGAAGGAAGAGAAACGUGGAACACUGGAUUGGCCACGAGAACUUCGAACUGAUUAACCACGAUGUGGUAGAGCCACUCUACAUUGAAGUUGACCAGAUAUACCAUCUGGCCUCGCCAGCCUCUCCUCCCAACUACAUGUAUAACCCUAUCAAGACAUUAAAAACUAAUACAAUUGGGACGCUGAACAUGUUGGGGCUGGCAAAGCGAGUCGGUGCCCGCCUGCUCCUGGCCUCCACGUCAGAGGUGUAUGGAGAUCCUGAAGUCCACCCUCAAAGUGAGGAUUACUGGGGCCAUGUGAAUCCCAUCGGACCCCGUGCCUGCUACGACGAAGGCAAGCGCGUGGCAGAGACCAUGUGCUAUGCCUACAUGAAGCAGGAGGGCGUGGAAGUGCGCGUGGCCAGAAUCUUCAACACCUUUGGGCCACGCAUGCACAUGAACGACGGGCGAGUGGUCAGCAACUUCAUCCUGCAGGCUCUCCAAGGGGAGCCGCUCACGGUGUACGGAUCUGGGUCCCAGACGAGGGCGUUCCAGUACGUCAGUGACCUGGUGAACGGCCUCGUGGCGCUCAUGAACAGCAACGUCAGCAGCCCGGUCAACCUGGGGAACCCCGAAGAACACACGAUCCUAGAGUUUGCUCAAUUAAUUAAAAACCUUGUUGGCAGCGGGAGUGAAAUCCAGUUUCUCUCUGAAGCCCAGGAUGACCCACAGAAAAGAAAACCAGACAUCAAAAGAGCGAAGCUGAUGCUGGGGUGGGAGCCUGUGGUCCCGCUGGAGGAAGGCCUAAACAAAGCAAUUCACUACUUCCGUAAAGAACUGGAAUACCAGGCAAAUAACCAGUAUAUCCCCAAACCAAAGCCUGCCAGGAUAAAAAAGGGACGAACACGCCACAGCUGAGCCCUCACUGCCUGGGACACAAGACUCCAUGUUUCACACUUGAUGAGAUGUAUUUUUGUUUCUGUUUUUUUAAAAGAAAGACUUCUAACAGGUGUCAUGAAGAACAAACUGGAAUUUCAUUCUGAAGCUUGCUUUAAAGAAAUGGAUGUGCCUAAAAGCUCCCCUCAGAACCCUGCAGACUUUGCCUUGCACUUUUUGAAUUUGUCUUUUGAUGUAAAAUAGCAUAGACGCAUCUCCGCGAACUUUCAAGUUUUUUAUCUUGCUGUGAGAGCUAUGUCGUGACUGUCGUUGACAGUUUUAUUUACUGGUUUCUUUGUGAAGCUGAAAAGGAACAUUAAAUGAGAUGAAAAAAUCGCCGAUUUUAUUUAUAAAAGUGGGUCCUUAUCAAUGAGACGUUACACUAUGCAUAAAGAAAACGAGCAGUAUUGUCAGGUGGGCGGCGCACUGGCAUUCAUUUUCAGGCAGAAAAAAGAAUUCCGUUUGAGAGCUUUAUGUUUCUUUUUCAUUCAGAAUUUUUCCAGGGUCUAGUUUUUAGCCACAAACUUGACUUUGAAAUGUUUCUGUUAUCACGAUCAAGGAUAUUUGAAUUUACUACUGCGUUGUGCUGCAUAUUGGGGGGGGGGGGGGUAAGGGGUGGGGAGAGAACAAAGUUCUUGUUCAACCAUGGUUAAAUAUGCUAUUUUAAUAAAAUACAGAAACCUACCCACCAUGAA